AUGUCACGACCCAAUCCCAAUCAGAAUGUAUCCUUCAGGGAUGACGUACACCCUUCCCGUCGCGGUCAAAGAGAAGAUCAGCCUCCUCGACCUCCCGCCAAAAAUUUACCUUCCAAGAAUUCAUUGACCACCACAGUCUCCGUCUCUUCUUCCGGCUACAACGCUGACGCCUUGGGAUAUGAUAAUGAUGGAUACGUCGAUGCAGGCGCUCAGAAUAUGCAAGGGUUCUCCGCUUCCAAUGGUGCAGAUAUGAGGAGGAAAAAGAGUCUGGUAAGACCAGAGAGGGAGAGGAUUGAUCCCGGUCAUCGACUUUGGCAUUAUCGAGAACACGCAACAGAAGAUCAGGUGGAUGUGCAGCCAAGUUCCACCGGUAAUCAACCGUACAAUCGAGGUGCCAACCUUCGUCGAGGCAAGUCGCUUCUCGCUCGAGAUACUGAUGAAACCGAUCAUCAAUCCGGACUGAAUCUCUUCAAGCGAGGAGCCACCAUCCGACGAAGAGCAUCACAAGCCACUCCUCGACAACCUCCGACAGGAGCCCAAUCUAAUCGAGCUGGUGCUGGCUCCAAUCGAGAAUCAGAAGAGAAGCUUGGAUGUUUGGGGAAUUUCGCACCUGGUCCCAAGGAUGCUUGGAUGGUUUACUGCUAUCUUCUCACCUGCCUCGUUCCUGGUUUCGUCCUUCGCAAUGUCUUCGGCAAGCGUACCCCUGAAGCCCAGCGUGCAUGGAGGGAGAAGAUGGGUAUCGUUGGUAUCGUUGCCUCCCUGAUGGCCAUUGUCGGUUUCGUCACCUUCGGUUUCACUCAAACAGUGUGUGGCAAUCAGGCAUUACGAAUCGCCGGUGGAAAAGCGGACAACGCAUCUCUUAUCAUCAAUGGGUACGAUUACGACCUCGGCAACUGGAAACAUCCAGCCGCCGGUACAACCUUUAACGGUUCGACAAGUCCGCUUUAUAUGGACCAGUACAUGGCUGGAGGUAAAGAUGUCAGUUUCAUGUUUCAAAACGUCAAUCGUCACUGUUUGGGAGUUAUCACACCCGCCAGUGGUACUGGAAUUCAGUACUCAGGAGAUCAAAUGGCUUGGUACUUCCCUUGUAACAUACGUGAUCAAAACGGCACAUCUGCAGCGAAUCUUACUGGAUACACGGAUGCCACCAACUGUCACACUUCGAACAAAGCGAAGACCGAAUUCGAGGCUAUGGUCCCUACUGCCGAGAUAUACUACACAUGGGACAGAGUUCAAGAUGAGUCCAGGAAUCUUGCCGUUUAUAGAUCCGCCGUUAUCGACAUGAAUCUCUUGCAAUGGCUUGCCACCAGUCAGGUCAGCUACCCCUCGUUCUUCGACACCAUCAAGGAGAGAAACGAGACUUUUGCCGGUAAAGAUAUCACCGCAUUCGUACAGCGAAACGGGCUCGAGCAGUACGCUCAAUGUCUGACCGACGUGAUCCAGGUCGGUUUUGUAGAUAGUAUCUCAAUUGGUUGUGUCGCCUCCGAUAUCGUAUUAUAUGUCUCUCUAGUCUUCAUUUUAGGUGCCGUGAUGAUCAAGUUUGGUAUGGCGGUGGUAUUUGGAUGGUUCUUGAGUUGGAGAUUAGGCAACUUUGAAGGAGAGAGUUAUCAACAGAGGAUGAAGCGAGCGGCAGAAAUAGAAAAUUGGACGGACGAUAUCUAUAAAGCCGCACCUGGUUAUCUUCGACCGAACGCAGCAAACCGAAGUGGUCCGGGUGGUAAUUCCAGGAAAACAGUAUUCCUUCCGACGACCUCGAGGUUCAGUAAAGCUGAGCCAAUGCUUGUCUCUUCUUCUCGUCCAUCCACCACCUACGGCGGCCUCGGCGAAUCUAGACGACAGGCUGCUAGUGUAUAUGGUGGAAAACUUGCACCUGGAAUGCAAACGACUCCACCAGGAUCCCCCAUGUUGCGUAAUUCGCGAAGUUCAACUUCCCUGCCCUUCAGGGACGAUUCUCAUCAAUCUCUUUCGGAUCAAUCUAUGAACAACAAUCCUACGAACUGCCCAUUCCCUCUCGGCAAUGUCGUACCUCAACCUGCUCCCGAUUUCGAACCAUUCAGAUUCCCUCUGGUUCACUCAAUUUGCCUAGUCACCGCAUAUUCAGAAUCGAUCGAAGGUCUACGAACUACUCUAGAUUCCCUUGCUACCACAGAUUAUCCCAACUCUCACAAACUCAUCCUUGUUAUCUGUGAUGGAAUGGUCCGAGGCUCUGGCUCGAAACAAUACACCCCUGACAUUGUGCUUGGAAUGAUGAAAGAACUGGUGGUGCCAGCAGAAGAGGUGGAAGCUCAUUCCUAUGUCGCCAUCGCAGAUGGUCAUAAACGACACAACAUGGCCAAGGUUUAUUCUGGUUUCUACGAUUACGAUUCAGAGACGGUCGAACCUUCCAAACAACAGAGAGUACCCAUGGUCUUAGUCGCUAAAACCGGUAACCCGCUCGAAGCAAACGAUGCUAAGCCCGGGAACAGAGGAAAGCGAGAUUCUCAAAUCGUAUUGAUGAGUUUCCUGCAGAAAGUCAUGUUUGAUGAACGGAUGACUACCUUCGAAUACGAAUUCUUCAACUCUAUCUGGCGAUGUACCGGUAUUCCCCCUGACAGAUAUGAGACUGUCCUGUGUGUAGAUGCCGAUACCAAAGUCUUCCCCGAUUCCCUCACUCGAAUGAACGCAUGUAUGGUGAACGAUCACGAGAUUAUGGGGUUGUGUGGAGAGACCAAGAUCGCGAAUAAGUCAGAAACCUGGGUGACAAUGAUUCAAGGUGAUCGAGGUUAUUGGGUUCCUAUCCUGGCCAAUCCCGAUAUCUGUGAACAUUAUUCUGAGAACGUCGUCGAUACCCUGCACAAGAAGAACUUGUUACUCUUAGGUGAAGAUCGAUACUUGUCGACACUCAUGCUGAAGACAUUCCCCAAGAGAAAAAUGAUCUUCUGUCCUCAAGCUGUCUGUAAAACUAUCGUUCCUGACACUUUUAGAAUCUUGCUGUCUCAACGUCGACGAUGGAUCAACUCGACUGUUCACAAUCUUUUCGAGUUGAUGUUGGUGCGAGAUCUAUGCGGUACUUUCUGCUUCUCAAUGCAGUUUGUCGUUUUCAUGGAUCUUAUCGGAACUUUGGUCUUACCAGCAGCCAUCAGUUUCACCCUUUACAUCAUCGUCAUCGCCAUCAUUCCCGAAUCGGUAACUGGCAUGCCUCGACCAACAGUCUCACUCAUUCUCCUUGCCUUCAUCUUGGGUCUACCUGGUGUGUUGAUCGUCAUCACCUCAAGAAAGGUUGCAUAUGUCGGAUGGAUGAUGAUGUACCUUAUCUCACUGCCUAUUUGGAAUUUGGUUCUUCCUGGUUACGCCUACUGGCAUAUGGACGAUUUCUCGUGGGGUGAGACCAGAAAGGUUGUGGGAGAAACGAAAGAGGUCUCUCACGGAGAUAAGGAGGGCACAUUCGAUUCUAGUCACAUUGUCAUGAAACGAUGGGUCGAGUUUGAAAGGGAAAGACGAUGGAGAAAUGGAACGGAAUCGAGGGAUUCUCAAUAUUAUGAUGUGGUGCAAAGAGCAAGCUCUCCUAAAGGGUACUCGGUCGUCUCAACCAGUGAAACCUCCUACAGCGGAUUUGGCGGAACUGCGGAGGGCAAUCCUCUGUUCAGGCAGUCUCAGAGUUUCCAAUCCAUGAGUCAAAUGAUUCCUAAUGCCGAAGGCAGCACCGCUAGCAUGUCGCAGUUGGCCUUACCACCUGCAAGAGGUGCUUCUUUAGGACGAGAUCAUUCGUCUGGAUCUGCGGAAUCGAGUGGUUCCAACACUCUCGAAAGAGCCAACAGCGAUGAUCCCAGCUACGGUCAUGGAUACCAGGCGUAUCCGAACGAGUCGUACCAGGAUGAUGCCGAACAACCCAUCUUACCAUCGAACUAUCUACCUCAUGCUUCUUCCCCGGACACCGCUAGUUUCUCGAACGUCGUCUACGCUGAACCCGAACGUACUCGCCGACCCUCACAACGUGGAGUCUCCCUUGUUGACACUGGUCCAGUCCGUCAAGUGGCUCCUCAUGAUCCUGUUCGACGAGUAUCUAGGCAUCAGAGAAGAAGUUCAUCAAGGAAUCAGCUCGUUAGCCCCAUCUCUUCAACGGGCGGUCACGGAAAUCUCCCACCAGGAGCUGCACCUCCUUCGUACUAA